AAUAGACUAUUUGAAUAGAUUAUUUGUUUUUUUAUCUGAAAAGUACUGAAAUCUACCUUUGGAGACCCCACCUGCGGGCCUCUGGGUACUCGAUGACAUCACCCACUUCCUGAUCACGGCAGCAAACAAACAUGGCGGCCACCAUGGAGCUGAGAUGCUGGGGAGGUGAUUGGGGUUUGCCUUCCGUCCACACAGAAUCUCUCAUAGUGCUGGCCUAUGCCAAGUUCUCUGGAGCCACGAUCACAGUAACUCCCAUAGACUGGACGUGGAAGACUUUGACAGGCACAGUGCCAGAGUUGGUCUACCAGGGAUCCACAAUAACCGAACCUGCUCAGAUUCUCAACUUCCUGAGAAAACAGCAGAGGUUUAAUGCAGACUAUGAGUUGUCGGCGAGGCAGGGAGCAGACACCAUGGCCUACAUCGCUCUACUGGAGGAGAAACUGCGACCAGCCCUGUUACACACAUUCUGGGUGGACGCUGAGAACUAUGCUAACCUGACUCGGCCGUGGUUCGCCUCCCGCUCUCCCUUUCCCCUCAACUUCCUGGUCCCUGGUCGCCAUGCCAACACGGCCCUGUCCCGGAUCCUGCUGACCAAGGGAGAGUCUCCUCUACACACCAUCACUGAGGUGGAGGGAAAGAUUUACAGUGAAGCUAAGGAGUGUCUGAAUCUGCUUUCCCACAGAUUGGGGACGGCCUACUACUUCUUUGGGAACACGCCAUGCAGUCUGGAUGCGUUUGUGUUUGGCUUUGUAGCUCCCCUCCACAAGGCCAGUCUACCCAGCAGCCCUCUGCAGAGCCACCUCAGACAGCUGGACAACCUCCAGCGCUUCUGUGACCACAUACUCAACGCUCACUUCAGCAGUCAUCCCGGGUCUCCCCAGCCGGUUCAGGAGACGGUGGAUGCCAACCUGCAGAAACUCACUCAGCUUGUAAACAAAGAGUCCAACCUCAUAGAGAAGGUCCUGCUGCUCUCGUCUCCAUGGAUGACAACCUGAGGAGCAGCCCUCAGCACAAACCCCUCAGAGCAGACCCCAGACCCAGCCUGGGCAACGACAAGAGCUCUACCCCUGCCUAACCCCUCACCUCUAGCCCCUUACCUCUCACCUCCGACCAGCCUGGUGGAUGGGAGGGGUGCUGUAUUAUACUAAACCUGGUUCUGUAAAUGCCCUAGCCUGAGUGCCAGUCUGUUUGUACUAGCAUGCCAACUCUUUCUUACUCAUUGACAAGGACAGCAAUGGAGUUGGCAAGAGCACAAACAGAUCUGGGAUCAGGCUACAAAUACCCAGGGUUAUCCUUUAAAUUAUGCAUUUGAUUGUUUUAGACAGUUUAUGCCUUGCAAAUGUAAUUAAAAUUGCCCUGAAUGGAAACUUUCAAUGAAGAAAAAUAAUGGCAGAAUUGUGGACUAUUUAGAGAUGAUGAUGUCUGUAAAAUAGAUAUGGUUUCAUGAAAUGAGGCAGAAGUGCACGGAGAAGGUUUGGGAAAGGUUUUAGUGCUUUAGAGCGGAAUGCUGAGGACUGCUACCAAAUGAGAAGCCUUUAAACGUUGAAAGGCAAGAGGCAGGAAAUGAGAAGGCCAGUUGGUUUAAAACGCUCUGAGAGAGAGGUAUUAUACUGCCUUUCUACUGACUGGCUGUAAGAUAGGGGAAACAUUUUCUAACAGAUUCUAAAGGAUUGAAAUGACUGAGGCCCCAAUUCAUUCAAACCUGCAUUGUAGUAUGUAUUAACACAGGAACAUGUGAACAUGUUUUCUUUCCUGUAGUUGGGUAAUAUCCAAACGCAAAACUCCUCCCACAUGUACAUGUACUGUAGAUGCUCUCAGGUUUCAGAAAUAAGUUGUGUUCAUGGGCCGUGGUCGUGUAAACAAGCUUACUGCAUAAACACUAAUAUGGCAGGUUUGAUGGAAUUUGUUCAUAGAUAAGGGCUAAGUCUAUAAUAAAUAAACAAGGCAGUUAUUCUUUAGCUCUGUGGUAUAAUGGAAAAUAAAAUGUAUGGGUCACUUAUAUACAUGUUUGUAAUGAACAGUACAGGUUGAAUUCAUGCAUCUUUUUGAGAGAUUCGGGUGUAAAUGAGGUCAUGACUGACAGGCAGGCACUGACACUGGUCUACUUGAGUUUUGAAGUGUCAUAGCUACUGUAGUUUCUGUUGCACAAUCCUAAAUGAUCAGAAUAAUGUUCUUUCCUCACCUGAGGACUGAUUCAACCGUUUCUCUGCUGAGACUCGAUGUACGCCCCAAAUGGCACCCUAUUCCCUAUAUAGUGGGCUACUUUUUGACCAGAGCGCUAUGGGCCCUGGUGAAAAGUAGGGCACGAUAAAGGGAAUACAGUGCCUGAAACAGGUUUUCCUCUAGGAUUUUGCCCGUGCUUAGCUGUAUUUCUAGCUGUCUGUGGUGUUUCCAUCCAGACCUGCUGUAUCUAUGUACAUAAUCAUUCAAAGUUAGCAUUACUUUAUGAGGGCAUGUGCUGUAUAGCUGUCUAUCUUCAGUUCAUUUGUGUUCAUAUUGAAUGGGGGAAUGUUUAAUACAGUGCAGAUUAUUUUGUUUGUUAGGAUGUCACUUAUUUUACUGAGGGAGAUGUCUAAGCCUAAAGUUUUCCCUUUAACAAAUAGAUAAUCUUUACAACUGUUGUGUUAAAUUAGCUCUGUAAAUAGACUUAAGUAUAUAUGUACAGUAUGUAUGCUAUCAUAUUGCUGUAGAAGUUAGCUCAUUUAAUUAGCUAUAAUCCUGCCUCUUCAUUAACAGGUCAAGUAGUUGGGGUCUUGACGUUGUAUAAUUGUAAAUACAUUUAAAUACUAAUCCAAUGCAUUUCAUUCAGCGUUGUUUCUUUAUAACGGUGCUGCUUAGAUGAAUGCAGUUCAACUCUCCUCACACGUGUUUUCAUUCUUUAGCUAAGACUGACGUGAGUUAUUGAUUCUACAGUUGGGGUUCAUUUAUAAGGCAUACGUGUUUUAGAGUAUUGUUCAGCAGUAUCAAAAAGCACUACAUUUGUAUACUGCCCUACAAAACGCAGUAGCUAUGUUUGUUUUUUUACUGCAAAAUCUGACUUCAAAGUCUUUAUGUCUAGACAGACAGCAAUUUCUGAUAUAUUCUGAUCAACAGAUCAAAGAUUUUUGACCAAAUUCGUAUUGCGUUUUGCCUUUGUAGGGCAGGCAGUAUAUUGUGAGGUAUUUUACUUUUGAUAUCAAUCCAUCAAGUCUGAUCUCUAACACAAACAAAAGGUGUAAUGGAUUCUCACUCAAAAGAUGUUGCAUAAAGCUUCAUUAUUAGACAUUUUUUCCAAUUAUUUUCUCAUUUGAUCUCUAAUUCACCCCAUGUUGUGGAAUUGUUUUUGUAAAGAUUUGUUUUGUCUAUGUUAGUCACGCUGUGCCUACAUCACCAUCACCUUGUCUGUUAUGAGCAGGUCAAUCUAUUUGGGAACAUGCCUUGCAUUAGACAAUGAUGGAGAACUCUGCUAACAUACUGUACUCUGCCUACAGAUAUCAGAAGUAUGUCAUUACUGCAUGUUUGAAGUAUGUCAUUUGUCUCCCACUGACAUCCAGAGCCAUAUAUUUAUAUGACUGGUGACAUCCAGCAUCAGCUACUGUAAUACUGGCUCUAUUCACCUGAAUGUUCCAUGCUGAAUAUUCCCUUUAAGAAAUGAAUAUUAUUCACUUCAUGGAUACAUUCCCUUUAAUCACUAUGGAAUUAGUUACAACUUUAUUCAUUGUUUUGGUUUGUGUAAAAUAACCUAUGUGGGUUGAAAUGCAUGUAUAGGACAAAGGAGACAGUAUUAGGAAGGACUGGUACUGUGUGUCUUGAUAAGACUGCAGAAGGGAUUGUAUAGCUGUAAAGUACUGUAACCAACUUUCUCAGAUUAAACUCAUGUUUGGAAUUGUAAUAACACUAUUGUCACUUUUUUCCAAGAUCAGAAAGUCACAGUUAGGAUUUGGCCCAUUGUCCUUAGCUAGUCAAUACUUGAAGUUAAAACAACAUUAGUAAAUUAAUUCUCCUGAGGUUUUGUGAUGGGAUCAAAAACAUAGAAUUAUAACCAUGAUAUUGACAUUGUAAUACUCUUAUCAUAUUCCUGGUUCAUUCUUUGUGCAUGGUUGCAAAUUAAUGCUUUCAUUUCAAUUUAAUAAAAGUAUAAUCUAACCACCUAUUUAA